AUGGCGACCAAAACUAACCCAGAAUCAAACAACUCUAACGAUCCUCUAGAACAACUUGAUUCUCUAUUGGUUCAUGGUCGAAUUGAAGAACAGCAAUUGACAGCUGGUGAAUAUAUCGACAUUGAUUCUUCCAUCCCAGCUUUCAACGAAUGGGAUGAUGAUGAACAUCUGAAAGUUUUGGUUCAGGUCGGUGAGGAAGCGAAUGACGAUGAUGAACUUGUUUCUGUAACUGAAAAGCCACCAAACUUGCCUGAAGUAAUGGAAAUGAUGAGAAAGCCUCAUCUUUUUGCCUCUACCCAACAGCCUCAGCUAUAUAAUCUCAUUUCUGAUCUUGAAUUGCAAUUAACUGACAUUUAUUUGUACUCGAAAGCAACAAAACAAAGUUCUAUCAAGGAUUAUUUUGCCACUUAUUAA